GGCGCCAGGUAUAACUAGGCGUCUCCUUUUCUUGUAGCCAAAAUAAACACUUUGAUAAAAAUCAGAUAUUUCAUCAUAAUUUUCAGCUGAUUUGAAGACAAUAAAAGACGCUUUAAACGAGUAAGGUGCAUUUCUUGGGCCCAUCGAUUGACUAUAAAAAAACUAUACGACCAACGUAAAAAUUAUCUCAAUCUAUUGACUUCAUAUUAAUUGAAACUGAAGGAAUUGAAAAUUCGUUAUUUAUGGAAUUUUCGAACGAUAAAUAAUCGGCUUUUCUUAACACGAAAAGGGCUUCUAAAUCCGAUAAUAAUUUACUCAUCUUAAAGGUUUUCAAGUGGAUUUCACAUAAAAUGGCAUCAAUAUGAAUCCCUUUGAGUAUGUAACAUUGCAAACGACAUUUAUUUUAUCGUCUCUGUCUGACACGCAUUCAAUGUAACGCAAGCGCAGGACAUUUUACUUCCCCCACAUUAGGGGGUUUUUCAUAGAAAUUUUCCAGAACUCAAAAAAUCAACGCUGAUUUCAUGGGACUCGGUGGUAUGAAUCAUUUAUCGUUCUGCAAUAUCAAGAGGGUUUCUCUGGGUGUUUUAAAUUAAUAAAGGGGAGACCCGUUUUCCGUGCCAGACAUGGCCUAUCGAUUUUCCUGCCGCGCAUUUAAAAAAUAAAGGGGUUCGUGCUCUAAUCGUGAAAGUCGAUUUCUUCCCCUUCUUGAGGAGGGUUGCAUUGCACCCAGGGGCUUCAGUUUAUUUCAGUUGGUUCUCAACCAUCUUUCAUCGAUUGCAGUGACAAAGAUCUCGGGGGGUUCAUUGUUAAUUUAUUUUUUAAAGAAGAAUUGUAUGUUAAAGUGGUUGCCUUUGAGAUCUUCUCUCUGGUGUAUUUUCUCACCUAAUUUACCUUCUCAGAAUUACCUGGGAAAUGUGAAUAAAAGUGCGACCUUCAGUUGAAAUAGGAGGAGCACGCAAAAAGUAGCUCGUUUUUGUAUUAUACUUCUUAUUUUUUUUCUCCUCUGCACCUCAUCUCUCGCAUUUACUCCCAAAGGGGGGUAUGAAGAGUUGUAGAAGAAGUGUAUAUUAUUAGCCUUCGUGUAAAGAGGUAUAUAGCAAGAAAAAAAACCUCUACAAUUUCAAGAUAGUUUCAUUGCGAACGUGGCGAUUCUGUCCGAGAAUUAAUUUGUACCACCAGUCAAUGUGAAUAACUCGUUAAACAGAGGUAGACUUUUGAGGCAGUGUGUGAGAAGUUGAAAAGAAGAAAAAAAACAGGGAAUAUUUUGCCACUGAAAAUUGCUGCUGAAUACUUUAUAAGAGACUUUUACUUCGAUAGUAACACCACCAGACUUUAGACAGUAAUUUAUCUCAUUAAAUAGCUUCUUAUUUGUAAAAGUGAUUGCAAAUCUUGUAAAUCAUGUUUCAGUGAAAGUGACAAAGCUACCAAAUAUGGAUUGUGAUUUGCUGAUUUAAUACAAGAAGAGAUAAAAUUUUUCUUAUAAGAAAUUCAUAGACUCAUGCGUGAUUAAUAAACUACCUUAGAAGGGAUUUUCCUUAUCGGGGGUGACUGCAAAAAAAAUGAUUAAAAGUUUCCAUGAAGAAAUUUCAAGAUAGACGAAUAAGCGGAGAUAGACACCGGAAGUGAAUAAAAUUCUUAUCAUUGUGAACAUUUGAAUACAAAGAGGCGUGACCUUAUACGCCGCAAGUAGCAAACAUCUCGCAAUCUCUGACAAUCUCACCGGCAUUUGGGUCAAAAGUGCACGGCAACAAUGAAUGCAUUCAGUGAGCCACUUGAAGGUCCAUCGGCUACCGAGGAUGACUGCCCUCGUCACAUGUUGGACGAUCUUCAGCUGGCCGCGGAAUUGGGAAAGACACUGCUGGAGCGAAAUAAAGAAUUGGAGAGUGACUUGCGGCAGCAUCAAGCGAUCAUAAGUGAUCAAGCGCAAGAGAUUGAGUAUUUGACAAAACAAACGGCGGCUCUUCGGGAGGUGAACGACUCGAGGCUGCGGAUGUAUGAGAACCUCGAAAUCAGCAUUUCAGACUUGGAACGAACCAAUCAUCGGUUGGUUAUUGAGAAUGCCGCCGAUAAGAAGAAUAUUAAAACCCUGUGCCACACGGUCGAGAAUCUGGAGGCUCGAUGUGACGAGCUCGUAAAACAAACGGAUGAGCUCAAUCGAAUCAUUGCCAUGGAGAGGCGGAAGAAGGAGCGCCAGCAAAACAGGGAGAAUGGAUGGAAGGAUGGUGCGAUGAAGUCAUCAAAGUCAUGCCAAGGAAAUCACGAUAGUGAGCCAGAAGCAGAUGAGGCAUCAAGUUUAACAAAUGAAGAACAUUUGCAUUCUUCAAAUAACCACGAAACCGGAGAUUUUAGUAGUUUAUCCACGAGACUGCACGAUGCUGUUGAUUUUGCAGCAAAUGGAACCAUCAGACCCAGUGCCAAUUCCACAGAGGACCAGGUCCAUGAAAAUGAGGAGCUACUCAAGUUAAUGACUGACUUGAAUAAUACAAAGAAGGAACUUUUCUGUGAACAGCAACGAAAUUCCGAAAUGGAAGAACAACUCAUUUCAAUAAUUCAAGAAAAUCAAACUCUGCAGGGACGGUUGGCAAAUUCAAAUGCAAACGAAGAAAUGAAAUCCAUCCACGAUGAAUUGUCCAUUCUUGAGGAAGUUCGACAAGGUCAAAUGUGCAGUCGAUGCCUAAGAAUGGUUGACGAUAAGAAUCUGCAGCAAGACGAAGAUGAUGGUUUAAUGGGUGUAGAUCAUGAGGAUGACGAUCAAAGUUUGCUGGAUCUGAUAAAUGCCCAGAAGGUUGAACAUUCAUACCGCCCACCACCCACAAAGGAGAUAUCCAAGCCGGAAAGUUUGGAUUUAGCCGCAGCAACUUCUGCAAAUCCCUAUCGGGUGCUGGUGGAACGCUAUGAGGCUCUAUUGGAGGGACAGAAGAGACGCAGUCAGGUGAUUGGGUUGCCAGAAGAGAGCCACACAUCCGGAGAUUUUAGUUCCAUCCACACCAAGGAUACGGAUGAGGAGAGUGCAGCAGGUAGUGGUAGGCGAACAGCCGCAGCCGAAAGUGGAAAGACAACCGGAGCAAGAAGGAAGACAACCCUACGGACACCUACAGACUUCUCCGAGACCGAAACCACGAGUUCUGGCUACUCCGAUGAGACCAGCAACAAAGCCACACAAACAGAUGAACGAGCUGGGUCAUUCCUCUGUACAAUUGCCGAUGGGGAGGACUGCAAGUUCAGCAUCUAUGACGAUGCUAGCCCAAUUGGUUCACGUUUCCGCAACAGACCAGAAUAUCGGGAGUUGUUCAAGGAAAUUUUUGCUGUCCUCAAGAAGGCAGCAGAGAAUCGUGAUGAGGGUGACAAGCUACCACUACUUGAUGACACUCAUCCCCCGUCGGAUGUCAAAGUACCACCUGUUACACCGGCUACAGAAGACCUCCCCGAGAUUCAGGAUGAUGCCAUUAGUGUGACUUCGUCAAUGGUAUCGGAACAAUCGGUUGCCAUGUCGGAGUGCAUCACAAAAACUGAACGACGAAAGAUUGAGCAGCAGAAGAAGCACGCAAAUCAGGAGAAUAAGCCUCCAGUUGGGCAAAUUGUUGAGGAUGGCCGUGUCCUAACGCCAUACAAGCGCCAACCGCUCGAAUACCUGUCUGUUAGUGUGAACGUACGUAAGAAGCACCGCAAGAACCGACGCAACCAUGCCAUAGAUCGAUCGGAAUCACCAGCGGGACUCCCAUCGCCACCAAAAGUCUUCUACUCCCACGGGAGUGGACGCAAACGGCGAGAUAUGCGUCCCGUUGAUCUCAGCAAACUCAGCCCAAGUGGCUUCGACUGGCCCGGCAAACAAUCCACCAAUCGAGCUGUCUCCGAGUCACCAUCCACCCCAACAGCUGGCAAUAGUAGCCACAACGACAUGGAAACAAGUGCCGUGGAGUUCCGUCCCAGCACUGCGUCGCAGGAUCUGCAGAAGCUCAAGAAAUUGGAUCUAUCCUACGCGGAGGUGCUCAGGAGGGCUGAUAAGUGUCAGCAUCAGCACUGGCGCAAGAAUCAAACGCCAAAUCAGCACCACAAUGGCGGACAUCGGCAUCACCAGCAAUCAAGACGCUAAAACAUUCCGCGAAAUGCCGCCAUUUUGGCUCAACGAUCCCCAACUUUUAUUCCCAGAUCUUAAUCUUGUUCUAUAUUAUUGAAAGAAAGAAAGAAAAAUGUGUAAUUUUGAACAUUCUCUAUAAAUGUACCGAAAUCCUUUGUACCAUAUUUUCGCAGAGGUAAUCUCAAAAGAAACUCAACAAUAAAAUUCAAAUCUAUAUAAUAAAGAAAGGUCUCUCUAAAA